GCACGAGGCCCGCCCCGUCAUGUCGCCUUGUCUUCCGUCUCUUCAAUGGCUCUCUCGCAGUCUGCCGCGGCCUUCCAGGAGCACUGCAGCUGGCUCGCGCAGGUCCGGGCGGCGGGCGAGAGCCCUGGCUCCCUCGACGUCGCGCCCGAUGACAGCGACGACGACAUGCGGUACCACUCCUCCGCGGCCUUCCUUGACGACUUUUCUUCCGACGAGGAGGAUGAGCCAGUCUACCGCUCGCUGUCGUUGGGCAUGGCGGACCUGGAGGUGGAUCUGGACGAAGAGCCCGUGUACAGGUCCCUCGGCGGCCUCGUGCCGCAGCAGAACGAGGGGGGCGCCGGCUCUGGUGCGGGACGGGCGAUCGGGCUAGCCGGUCCCCUACCGCCGCUGGUGCAGCGGCAACACGCGUUCGCUGCGUGGCCGUCGCUUCCGAGAGGAGCCGCCGCUGCGUGAGCCUCGUCAGAUGUGUGCCUCGCAGGAGUGUUCAGACGCUUCAGCUGUGGUGGCCGGCUCGCAUUCUCAGCUAGAUUCUCAGAGACGCGCGCUUUAGACGUUUUGCGGAUCGUACGUCACUCUUGCUGCUACUAAUGAGUAAGUAAAGCU